GCGGACUGAAUGAGUUUCACUCGGAUCUCCUCAGUGCUCACACACAGUGUCUGUCCAGGAUUGGAGUGUUUUAUUUCCAUCACCUGGGCAGUUCAUGCGAGGCUGCGGCAGCAGCAGCGGCAGCAGCAGCACCUCCAACACCACCACCACCUCCACCUGCUCCCAGCUCUCCUCAUUACACUGCUGUCAGUGAGUGCGUUGCACUGCUGGUCAGAUGUUGGGGGACAAGGCUCACGGUGUGACGCUGAAGGUGAUGGAAUACACAUAUGAUGAGGACCUGGAAGAACUGUGUCCUGUGUGUGGAGACAAAGUGUCUGGAUACCACUACGGUCUACUCACCUGUGAGAGCUGCAAGGGCUUCUUCAAGAGAACAGUGCAGAACAACAAGAGGUACACGUGUGCAGAAAACCAAGAGUGUAAAAUAGACAAGACCCAGAGGAAGAGGUGUCCUUUCUGUCGCUUCCAGAAAUGCCUCAAUGUCGGGAUGAGGCUAGAAGCGGUGCGAGCAGACCGCAUGCGUGGGGGAAGGAAUAAAUUUGGCCCCAUGUACAAGAGAGACAGGGCCUUGAAGCAACAGAAGAAGGCUUUGAUACGAUCCAACGGCUUCAAGCUGGAGAGCGCCGCUGCCCCGCCGGCCUCACCGCUGCAGGCUGACUACAGCUUCACCGGCACUCUGCAUACCCUGCCCGCCAUCUCCAAAAGUCUGCUCCCCUCCACCCCGAGUUCCCUCACCCCUACAGACUACGAAGCCAACCUGUAUGGACCCCCCUCCCUGGGUAUGGCCAUGCAGUCCCAUGUGCCCCUCACCACUCAGUACCAGUACACAGCCUUCCCCAGCAGGGCCAUUAAAGCUGAGUGUCCUGACUACACCAGCUCCCCCGAGUCCCUCACAGGAUACCCCUAUCCAGACAUGUACCCGUCCACCUCGCCGCAGCCGCCCAACCUGCCACCGCUCGUGCUGGAGCUGCUGCGCUGUGACCCGGACGAACUCGCGGUGCAGAACAAGAUUGUUGCGCACCUGCAGCAGGAGCAGGGCGGCCGGGCCCGACUGGACAAGCCCAGCACCUUCAGCCUCAUGUGUCGCAUGGCGGACCAGACUCUCUUCUCCAUAGUGGAGUGGGCUCGCAGCUGCAUCUUCUUCAAGGAGCUCAGGGUCGGCGAUCAAAUGAAACUACUUCAUAAUUGCUGGUCAGAACUUCUGGUCCUGGAUCACAUUUUCAGACAAGUGCAGCAUGGAAAGGAAGACAGUAUCCUGUUGGUGACCGGCCAGGAGGUCGAGCUGUCGUCCAUCUUGUCCCAAGCCGAGGCGACUCUGUCGAGUCUGGUGCAGAGAGGUCAGGAGCUGGUGACGAGGUUGCGGGCUCUGCAGGUUGACCGCAGGGAGAUUGCGUGUCUUAAAUUCCUCCUCCUCUUCAACCCUAAUGUGAAGCUGCUGGAGAACCAGGCGUUCGUAGAGGGCGUCCAGGAGCAGGUGAACGGGGCUCUGCUGGAGUACACCCUGUCCAGCUACCCUCAGUUUCAAGAGAAGUUCAGCCAGCUGGUGGUGAGGCUGCCUGAGCUGCGGUCCCUCAGCACGCAGGCCGAGGACUAUCUGUGCUACAUGCACCUGAGUGGAGAGGUGCCCUGCAACAACCUGCUCAUUGAGAUGCUGCAUGCCAAACGAGCAUGCGUGUGAGAGAGGGACAUGCUGUGCAGGAUACCAAGCCCACCCACCAUCAUCACGUGUUGUUUGUCUAGGUGAGACUGAGUUGGUGAGGGAAAGUUUGACUGAUAUAUGGUAAAAAAAUCUAAAUGGUUGACAAUGGGUUAUCUUUGUAAGAGCUUUUGUUUGAAUUGGAGAGGAAGAAAUAUUCUUUUGAGGUUUUUUUUUAUAUUCUAUGUCCCACAGAACUGCCCUGUAAACCCAGCAUCCAGCAUUAUGUGUUGCCAUUGUACAUUUCUACAAACCACACAUUCAUUUGAUCUCAUGUCUCUCAUUUACAUGUCUACAGAUGUACAUACUGUGUCAGUGCUUUCAUAGAGAGUGAGAGUGUUUCCCAAACUUUCUCUAUGGGGACCCACUUUUUACAGAUGCCAAUCAUAACACAAUAUAAAUCAUGAUAUGAGCAGACAUGUGCAUCAGUCUAAUAGCAUAAUAUCAGCCUGAAUAUCAUAAUGAAUCAGUAAACAAAGCGAUCUUUGGUAAAUACAUUAAAACCUAUUUUUAUGCGUGUUAUUAAAAGCAUAUAGACAUUUUGCAAAUUUAUUUGGAGACCCCCCAACAAAUCUCCUGCAACCCAUCUUUGAGUUUGAACACACUCUUUGGGAAUCACUGGGAUACAAGCAUACCGGUCCCUUCAGUGCUCAAACUCGCGGUCCCCAAAUUGAUUUCAUGUGGUCCGCCACUCAAUAUCAAGUUAUAAUGGCUGAGUUUCUUAUUUAUAGAGGAAUUCUUCAUCAUAAAUAUAUUUUUUAUCGUGAACCAUGUAGUUCCAAAUCAAAACAAAUUAUUUUAUUGUGUAAUUCUGUGGAAUAUUGUCAUGAUAUCAUUAUUGAGAUCGGGAUAUGGAAUACUGGGAUAUCAUUUCUAAGUUCAUAUCACCCACUCCUUCUGAACAGUUAUUUUUUCCCCGAAAAUCUUUUAAGUUUUAUUUUAACUUGACUUGCCCCCUCCUGACCACACUAGACACUCAUUGCCCCCCCAGGUCAUUUAAGUUUGACACCCCUGCUUUAGUGGAAUGAUUGUUACACCAGCACCAGCAACUGCCUACUGCCUAGGCUAUAGUAAAGAUAACCUCCUGCCAUGUGUUGUGUAUGAAAUGAGUCUCUGAGUGUUCAUGUGAUGAUCGCAGCUCAGGACAGAGUGGCAAUCACCCAAACAUAUUUAAAUAAUAGCAGUCAGAGAGCAAAAUUGUGCACUUUUUCUCGUGAUUCUGCUCAUACAGCCUUUUUGAAACAUGCACAGAAUCAGUACCAACUGAACUUUGUAGAUGUCUUGAAGAUGUUUCACUUCUCAUCCAAGAUGCUUCUUCAGUUUUUAAAGUUAGUGGUGUGAAAUGUGGACAGUGCACACUGUAAAUCCAGUGUGUCGUAAUGACUGAAACUGCCCUUGAGAGAACCCAGAGCUACAGGUUGUUAACAAUGGGCUCUUUUGCAGAAUGGUGAAAUAGCAACAUUUUCUGGAAGGCCACGUUUGCCCUGCAAAAUAUUUGACUUAGGUCAAGAGUCCACCAGUGCAGAAUCACUAACAUGGGCUGUCCAUAGCUGCUACCUGCAUACAAAAGUGAUAGGAAUUUUAAUGCUAUAUCUGGUCCUCAGUGGGCUGACUUUCCUCUCAACGCACAGAAUGGGACUAUUUGCAUGGGAACAUCAGUUGUGUAGUUGCCAGGUGAGCUCACAUGCACUUUUCAUUGUCAGAUGAAAACAAAGUUUAGGGUAAAGAUUGAUAAUUUGUUGGUCCAAACAUCAGAUGCAACACAAUGAUUCCAAGAUUAUCAUUAUUUUAAUUAUUAUCUAUCUACUAUUUAGAUGAAGACAGACAACACACUGUGGCCUCUUUAGACUAAACUGGCUCUGCUUGUAUCCCUGCACUUCUUUUUCUAAACGUUCACCAUAAAAGAACAAGAAAAAAACUCUGGACUCAUGGACUCAGUAUAGUUUUGUUCCAAUCUAUUUAGACGUUAAUAGAUUGGUAAAAUGUGAAAACAAUCUUGUGAAAUUAUUCAUCAAACUCUUAUCAGUGAAACUGAAAAGUAGAGAGAAAUAAGACAUAGACAACAUAGAGAGGAGAAGGUAAAGAAAAAAAAAAAGAGUGACCUUAGUACACACUGUGCUUUGUGGGCAAAACAAACAAACAAAAAAUAAAUAGAAAACAGAGCAACGCCAGAGAUGCAUCUGUUAACAUUUAUUUUCAAGUGUCUUUAGAGAAGAAAACAAAGGUGCCAUGUCACUCUGACAUUUGUGUCACUUUUCAACACAUUUUCAACAGUGGUCUGGUCAUUGCUGCUGCAGAGACAGUGUUGUUCUUUGUUCUUGUCAGGGGGAUUCAUGUAACCAUCACUGGCCACCGACAUAUUGAAUAGAUUUUAUAUGAAGCUUCAUCAGACCUAGGCCUUUACCAACCCUACACACCUGAUACCAAACCUGAAGUUAUUGGUGCCUUCAAAUGAGGUGUUGUUUACCGUAAUCACAUGAUAAAUACAUUUAAAUACUUCCCUUAUGUCAUAUUCAUAACAUUGAACGUAGGACGUUUUUGAGUUGUGGCUUUUUCUUUAAAACCUUCUUUUCCAGUGUGCCCAGAGCCUACUGGCUCAUAUUCCAUCCCAGCUUAUGCCUAUCCCUAGUUGAGUCUCAUUUGAAGGCACCCAAUACAACUACAUUGCACUGUGAUUUUUUUUUAGCAGUCAGUGUUUAUCUAUGGCUGCAAUGAGAAGUAGCAUCAGUGUGUUUUGUCCCCACAUGUAUGAAAUCCCUUUGUAAAGGCUUUUCGCCUCCUCAUGAUGAUGACAAUGAUGUUCAAUGCCACUGGACAAACUGUGACAAUAUUGUGCUGCACAACUUUCACACUGUGGACAUUUCUAUGCUCAUCCAUCAACCUUGGCACAUUUAGACCAUCAUUUGAAGGUUUCGUAGACAAUCACUCCACUGGCCUUAAAUUAAUGUCUGUGUCUCUCUGUCACACACACAGUUGAGAGAGCUAUGUUAUCACUCUGUACAGUAUAUUUAUGUUGUGAAGUGAAUAUCUACUGCAAGACGAAGAUACAUUUCAACCCACAAAAAAGUUCUCCGCUUUCUGUCGAGGUCAAAGUGCUAAUGUAUGGAACUGAUUCUCUUGAUAUUGCCUUUGUUUCUGUUCACUUUUUUUUCCCUUCCUGUGAGAUAACAGUAUGUCCAAUCUUAAUUUGACGUGAAGAGACAGUGACCAAGCUUUUUUGUUUUCUUUAAAUAUAUUUUAUUGUAAUAGCAUCAAACCAAUAAAACUCAAAGAAAUAAAGCUUCA